CCCAAACCUAAAGUCCUAGUCUCCUCCGGAGUCCGCGCUCCCGCUAGCAUCAUCCAGCGCCACCAUUUCAAACCGGUAGAUGGAGAAGAAGAUGAUGAUCUCUGAGUCACCGAGGACCAGUCGACGCAUUAAAAAGCGCAAGCUCGCAAACGUUUGUGUUGAAUCUUAUAAGGAAAGGAAAUCCAGGGAAGAACGGGUCAGUCCACUUGUUGAAAAGUAUUGGUUUCAAAGGUACCAUCUAUUCUCGAGAUACGACGAGGGUAUCAAAAUGGACGAGGAAGGAUGGUAUUCCGUUACACCCGAAGAGAUUGCGAUUCGACACGCUCAGAGGAGUGGAAAUGGAAUUGUGAUCGAUUGCUUUGCUGGCGUUGGUGGCAACGCUAUCCAGUUUGCUAGAAUGUGUUAUUCUGUUGUUGCUAUUGACAUCGAUCCUCAAAAAAUUGAAUUUGCCAUUAAUAAUGCAAAAAUAUACGGUGUGGAAGAUUAUAUCGAUUUCAUUGUUGGAGACUUCUUCAAACUGGCUCCAUCACUGAAGGGGGACAUGGUGUUUCUUGCACCACCAUGGGGAGGUCCAUCGUACAAAAGUAUUGAAAAAUUUACGCUUGAUUCUCUUGAGCCAAGAGAUGGCAGCAGCGUUUUAGAGGGCGAAGCAAAAGUCUGGUUUCACCUUUUGGCUGCUGUCUACUUACAUGACCAGAAAAAGGGAAAAAAAACUGCAUUCUUGUUCACCAUAUUUCAGGUUGCACAGGCAAUAACAACUAACAUCAUUAUGUUCUUACCACGGAAUGUGGAUUUGCAGCAAGUGGAAGAGCUUUCUUGGCUGUCUUCUCCUCCCCUAGAAGUUGAGAUUGAAGAAAAUUAUGUGCUACACAAUGUAAAGGGUGUGACAGCCUACUUUAGUGGUGCAGCGUGCGGUUAACUUGGUUGGUCAUAAUUUUUCUCAGCUGUAGCCUUGUAUAUUUCAGACUUAAAGCAUCCUCUGAUUUUGUCUCAUGUAUUUAUUUGUGUAAACAAAUGAAUUUUUAUCAAAGAAUUAGUAAACGUUUUCAUUA